AUGCAUCCUACCCAAGCCAAAGACAACCGAAACCCGGCGACCGUUGCCGGGUUCCGGACCAACGGCACCGAUGGUCCCACAAGACAUGCAUCACAAAGCAUACACUCACUUCUCGAGCGUACCGCGGAGGAGUACAGCGACAAGACGGCCCUCAUCUGCGGCCACACGACACUCACCUAUGGACAACUCAGCUCGCUCAGCAACCACUUUGCCAGAGCCUUCGUACGGCGAGGAAUCGGAAAGGGCGACCUUGUGGGCGUCGCCCUGGACCGCUCCGUCGACCUCGUUGCGGCACUGCUGGCGGUCUGGAAGACAGGGGCCGCUUACGUGCCCAUCGACCCAGACUUGCCCAGGCAACGCAUCGACCAGAUGCUCGACGACGCCAGCCCCAAGCUGCUCGUUACCAGUACCAAGAUGCUGGACGCCUUCACUGCAGAAGGGUGUAAUGUGUCGUAUUUGACGAUCGAGGAGGUGUUGCGCACCACCGCGGCAAACAUGAACCCGGCCCCUUUUGGCGGCACCAGCACCAGCAACAGCAACAACAACAACCCGGACGUGGCAGUCCACGUCCACAGCACCGACCUCGCCUACGUCAUCCCCACCGACCGCCUGCUCGCCAUCACCACCAUCUCCUUCGACAUGGCCGUGCCAGAGCUCUUCCUGCCUCUCCUCCGCGGCGCCACCACCGUGCUGGCCCAGCGCCGCGAGGUGCGCGACCCGGCCGCCCUUGUCCGCCUCAUGCACCGCCACGCCGUCUCCGUCAUGCAGGCUACCCCGACCCAGUGGCAGAUGCUGCUGGACUCGGGCUGGCCUGGCGACGGCGGGCAGCCGCGCCUGAGCAAGAUCCUGUGCGGCGGCGAGGGGAUGUCGCGUGUGCUCGCGGACCGCCUGCUGCUGGCGUGUGGUGGUGGGAGUGGUAGUGGCGGGGUGUGGAACUUGUACGGCCCGACCGAGGUGACCGUGUACGCGAGCAUCUGGCGGGUGCAGCCGCGGGACGUGGAGGCGGGGGUGCUAGUUGGGAGCCCCAUCGUCAAUGGGCACCUGUAUGUGCUCGACCCGGAGACGCUGGCUCCCGUGCCGUUGGGGAACGAAGGGGAGCUGUGCGUCGGCGGAGCGGGCGUGGCGCGGGGGUAUCGCGGUAAUGCGGAACUCAGUCGCGCCCGGUUCGUGGAGAAUCCUUUUGAUGGGGGGGUCAUGUACCGGACCGGAGAUCUCGCGCGGUGGGUGGCACCCGGGAAGUUGACUGUCUUGGGCCGCAUGGACGGCCAGGUCAAGAUCCGCGGCUACCGGGUCGAGGUCGGGGACAUCGAAGCGGCCAUUAUGACACGCGAGGAUAUCUCUGCGGCGGUUGUCGUCUGUCGUGAUGACCAGCUGAUGGCCUAUUGCGUGCCAAAGGCUACUAUUGCUUCGGCGGGUAAGACAGAGAAGGCGCUUGACCAGGUGCUACGCCCUUGGCUGGCAGAGCGCCUACCCGAUUACAUGGUUCCGGCGUUUGUCGUCGAGAUGGAGGCUCUCCCGGUGACGAUUAAUGCCAGCAAGCAAGCUCCUGUGGAUGAUUAUGUCGCUGACCAACAUGAUGACAUUGCGAUUGUGUCCAUGGCUUGCCGGCUGCCGGGUGGUAUCGCAACACCCGAGGAUCUCUGGCAACUGCUCGAGCGCGGCGGUGAUGCCAUCGGCAACGUGCCCGACGACCGUUGGAAUCGCAGCAACACCAUCAGCGACGCGAGCUUUCGCCGUGGCGGAUUCCUUCAACCCUCCCCCAUCAACUCCUUCAACAUAUCGUUCUUCGGCAUCCCACCGCGAGAGGCACGCAGGCUGGACCCUGCCCAGUAUCUGAUGCUCGAGACCUGCUGGGAAGCCUUCGAGCGGGCCGGCUACACCAUGGAGCAACUACGCGGGAGCCAGACGGGCGUGUUCGUCGGCACCAGCAACAUCCUCGCACACCAGACCCUCAACGCCGGCGCCGUCAGGGACCUCGCCGACCUCGACGGAUACACCGUCACCGGCUCGGCGGGCGGCACCAUGUCCGGCCGCAUCUCGCACCAGCUCGGGCUUCAAGGCCCCGCCAUGACCAUCGACACGGCCUGCUCGUCCUCGCUGGUCACCACACACCUAGCCUGCAGCGCGCUGCGCCAGGGGGAGUGCGACAUGGCCGUGUCGGCGGGGGUGAGCCUGCUGCUGAACCCGGGCUUGCACGUCGAGUUCUCGCGGCUUGGGGGGGAUGGCCGCCGACGGCCGGUGCCGGUCAUUCUCGGCCGACGCGCAGGGCACCGGGUGGGCCGAGGGCGCCGCGGCCGUCGUCCUGAAGCGGCUCGCGGACGCCCGGCGCGAUGGCGACGUCGUGCAUGCCAUACCAUGGCGCUGGCGGAGGUGUUUGGGCCGGGCCGAGUGGGCAGUGGCAAGGAUAUGGAGCCUCUCUUGAUCGGCUCGGUCAAGUCGAAUAUCGGCCACACGCAAGCCGCGGCUGGUCUCGUGGGUCUGCUCAAGGUGGUGCUAGCUAUGCGGCACGGUAUGCUGCCGGAGACAUUGCACGUCACUAAGCCCACUCCGGCCGUGGAUUGGAAGCGCGCCAACAUGACGCCGGUGCUGAACAAACGACCGUGGCCGUCGACGAAGGCAGGGGAGAGCCGGGUGCGCCGGGCGGGCGUUAGUUCGUUCGGCAUCGGCGGUACGAACGCUCACGUUAUCGUUGAGGAGCCCCCGAGGGUGGCACAUCUCGCGCACAUGGGUAACGGGGAGACGGCAGUGAGGGUGCUCCCGACCAUGCUGCCAUUUCUCAUCUCGGGCGACACCAGCGCGGCCCUGCGCAUGCAGGCCCAGAAGCUUAGCCAACAUCUCUUGGACUCACCGGAUGACCGUCUCGGUGACGUGGCCUACUCCCUCGCAACCACCCGUAACCAUCUCCGCAAGCGGUUGGUAUUGAUGGCCCGGGACAAGGCUGAGUUGGUGCAGAAGCUGGGCUCGGCAUUGCCUGGCACUGCUGGCAGUAUUGUUAGUGAUAUCCAUGUCGCCGAGACACUUGACAACAACAAGCUGGCCAUGCUCUUUACUGGCCAAGGUAGUCAGUGGCUAGGUAUGGGAAAGAAUUUGAGCGAGGUGUACCCCGUCUUUGGGGAAGCGGUCCGCGAAAUCGCGGCCGAGUUUGACGGCGCCGGGUUGGAACUGCCGCUCCUCCAUGUCAUGUGGGCGAACCCCGGAAGUACAGAAGCCGCGUUGCUCGACCGCACCGACUUUGCCCAGCCCGCUCUGUUCACUUUGGAGGUGGCGUUAUGGCGACUGUGGCAGAGCUGGGGGUUGACUCCGGACUUUGUCCUCGGCCACAGCCUGGGCGAGUUCGUGGCUGCCCACGUAGCGGGUAUCCUCGACCUGCCCGACGCGUGUCGGCUUGUGGCGGCGCGCGGUCGCUUGAUGCAAGCCCAGGCCGGCGAUUACGGCAUGGUGUCACUCGGGGCAAGCGCCGCUGAGGUCGCCAAAGCAGUCAAGGCGCUGGGCCAUACUCCACAGGUUGAUAUUGCUGCAUAUAACACGCCCACGCAGACUGUCAUAUCCGGUACUACGCAUGGCUUGGAAAGCAUUGCGGGCCAUUUCGCUUCCCGGGGCCACAAGAGUAAGCUGAUAAUGGCCGGACAUGCGUUCCACUCGCGGUACAUGGACCCCAUGCUGGCCGACUUUCUAGCCGUAGCCGAGACGGUGCAGUUCCACCCGCCCAAGAUACGGAUUAUCCACAGCCUGGACGGCAGAUUGGCAAAGCCAGGCCAGCUUGAACAGGCGCGAUAUUGGUUGCGGCAGGUCCGCGAGCCGGUUCGUUUUGCCGACGGGAUCCAGACGCUGGCCCGUCAGGGGGUCAACGUCUUCCUAGAAAUAGGGCCGCAUCCGGUGCUCUGUGGCAUGGGUGCAGAGUGUCUCGCAGACCAUCAUAACGAUAACAACAGGCCCGUUUCCUGGUUGCCGUCUCUCCUACGCCGCAAGGACGGCAGCGAGGUCCUCCAACAAAGUCUCUCCCACUUGCAUAUGCGUCACUUCCCCCUCGACUGGCAAGCCUACUUCAAGCCGUUUGGUUGUCGCCGCGUACAGCUGCCCACCUAUGCCUUCCAGCGCACUUACAAGCAGCCACGUGCGGGAACGGCUGCCUGCUUGAAUGGUACCAAUGGUACCAGCAUUGGUCUGAACCAUACCGCCCACCGUGCCUCCAACGGCGGCGGUAAUGACCGCUUCCAAUUCAGCAUCGAGUGGGAGCCAACCCAGACGGAUGGCACUCAUCAGCAGGAACCCAGCGGGACAUGGGCCCUGUUGGUUCAUGCUGCCGCCAGAAACUCGACGUGGACAACGAGUGUCACAGCCGCCCUAUCGGCAGCCAGAUUCCGACUGGUCCAAAUCGACGAUCUAGAGCAGGGCGCAAAGCUGGACGGCAUAGUCUGCCUCUGGGACACAGACACCGACGUGACAUCGCAGCAGACGCGAGAUCUGAUCGCCAAGGCGCUGGCACAGUUGCAGACGGCAGCUCAAACUGGCUUUAGGCCUCCGUUUAUAUGGGUCACUCGCCAUGCUGUCGGUGUCGGCAUCGAGUCUGAUGAUCGGGCCAUGAGACCAGGGGCAGGGUCGUUGCUCUGGGGUCUGAUGAGAACUGCUAGGAGCGAGCAUCCUGGACUGAACUUGCGGUUGGUCGACCUGGGCCAGGAAACCACCGACGCCUCUUUCCCGUCAGCGUUGCUGUUGAGUACUGAACCGGAAUGCGCCGUGCGCGGGGGUCGGGUGCUUGUUCCACGGAUGCAGCGCAUCCACAAGACGAUAACAGCGCCAUUACCGGGCGCCAAGGACUGGUUGGUACGACCGGACGGUGCUGUGUUGAUAAUAGGAGGCCUCGGUAACCUUGGAGCGCGCGUGGCCUGGUGGUUAGCAAGCGAACACGGCAUCCGCGACUUGGUACUGACCUCACGUCAGGGGGUGGUAGCCCCCAGUGCGGAUGCGCUGGUAGCCGAACUUUCCGAGCUGGGCGUCAGAGUCACCGUGAUGGCCGGCGACGUCGCUGAUCCGGCCAGCAUCGACUCCAUUGUGGCAACCUUUAACAAAGACCGGCCGCUGCGAGGCGUCGUGCACGCCGCCGGGGUGGUCGACUCGGGCAUCCUCUUGACCAUGACACAGGCGCAGUGCGAGACAACCAUCUCCCCCAAGGCGUACGGGGCAUGGCUCCUGCACCAAGCCACUCGCGGGAUGGACCUGGACAUCUUUGUCAUGUUCUCCUCGCUCUCCGGCGUCAUGGGCAUGCCGGGCCUUGCCAACUACGCCGCGGCCAACACCUACCUCGACGCGCUCGCGCACCUGCGCCACGCCCAAGGCUUACCAGCCACUUCAGUAGCUUACGGCACCUGGGCAGGCGAUGGCAUGGCGUCCCGGCUUGGCCCGGCGACCAACGCCCACCUCGCGAACUUCGGCCUGGACCAACUGGCACCCAGUGAAGGGUUGGAUCUGCUCGCACAGGCUGCUGCCAGCAAGCGCGCACUAACCCUGGCCGCUGUGCUGGACACGGCACGGCUCGGGGCCUUCUAUGAGGAACAGGGCGGCGGCAUACCGCCGCUGCUGCGCUCGCUUCUACAACGGGACGGGGUCACCACAACGAAAACCCCCAACGGUGGCCCCUCCCAGUCCCAGAAGCAUCUGCGCGAUGUAUUGCGUGAGGCCAACCCAUCACAGCACCUCGGUAUCAUGCUAGACAUGGUCCGGCAAGUCGUUGCCAAGGCGUUGGGGUUUAGCCACCCGCUUGAUGUGGAGGUCGACCGUCCGUUGAAGGAUAUCGGUGGCGUCCAUGUCUGCUGGGGGGUUACUAAACAUGGCGGCGGUCCGCAGAGGGUGUCUCGAUGCUGUCUCUGGGAGGAUCGCUUCGCGCCUUUGAUCCGACCCAUCGUCGGCGACAUGGCCCAGCACCUAUUUGGCCUAUCCACCACGGCCUUCUCCGACCUGGCAAACCAAGUAGACUCCAUCUGCCACGCCGGCGGGCUGGUCGACUGGAUGCGGCCUCUGGACGAGUACGUGGGACCCAACAUUGUCAGCGCGCACGAGGUGCUCCGGCUGGCAGCAGCCACGGGCGGUCGGCGGCAAGGCGUCAAGGCCCGGGCUGUGGCGGUCCACCUCGUGUCCACCGUCUCCACGCUGCCCAAGCACAUGGGCCUGGACGUGGGCGAGGACCACGUCGAGUACGGCUACGCGACGUCCAAGUACGCCGCCGAGCGGCUGGCGGCCGCGGCGCGGUGGCGCGGGGGCCGCGCCUCCGUCUACCGCCUGCCGUACGUCACGGCGUCGGCCGAGACGGGGCACUUCCGCCACCACCGCGGCGAUUUUCUGCAUAACUUGGUGGUUGGUUGCCUUGAGAUGGGCGCGUUCCCGGCGCUGGAGGCGGCUGACCUGUCGGCUGUGCUGCCCGUCGACUACCUGGCCAAGACCAUCGUCGCCGUUAUGAUGACGGGUGAGCUUGAUCGGCCCGGCCGCGACUGGGACUUCUUGAAUCCGCGGGCGCCGACCUCGACCGAUUUUUUCAAGAUGGUCGGUGCCGUCAGCGGUGGGGAGCCCAAGGAGAUUAUAGAUUUCGGUGUCUGGAAGCAACGGGCCUUGGACCAUGCCGCCGAGCAUCCGACAAGCCCGCUGGCCCGCAUUACGGCCGUCUUGGAUGGCUUUACGGCUGAGACCGCGGGCGAGAUAAUGAAGAGUGCAUCCAUGGUUGGAGAGCACGUGUUGGGGGGAGACGCGUAUCCGGUGCCGUUGAUUGACGAGCAGUUUGUGAGGCGGUAUUGCCAUCCGCAAUUCAGCGCAAACAGCGAUGCCGCCAAGCCGUUAAUUCUGGCUACCUAUGCUAGUUCUCGCGAUUCCUACAAUAACACGCCCAUCGCUGGGAAUUGCGCACAGCCAACUAGUGCGCGUGAAACCGUCAAUUACGCUGUGAACCUUCCUGCGGGCCAUCCCGAGCCAUUUCACCCUGAGACGGUCCUUCCGCCUCGCCCACAGCUGCAUUUGUGCCUCCCCUGGCCGUCUGGCGACCCCGUGCCUGCGUGCCUCGCUUCGCGAUGCCGCCACGGCUUGCGCCAGCCGUGCUUCUUGGUGUUGAAGGCGCCGCACGCCCUCCCCGCGCUCGUGAACCUCUGGAUUGACCGUCCCGGGCACGUCUGGACGCGCGCGCUGCUUUCCACGCCCUCCCAUUGCGAUGGAACACGCUGUAUCGACGGCGCAAGGCCUGACUGGCGCGAUGUGGCACGUCUGGUGCCCCUGGCUCUUGUUGAGUGUCCCCUGGUGCUAGCUGCUGUUGACUGGGGCGUUGCCGACGGCUGUGGAGGGGGCUGUGUGAGCCGUGGUGCCGUCGAAUCAGGGGCAAAAGCUGUAGAGCCGCGUGGUCUGCCGCGCAACUGUGUGACGCGGUCAAACUCGUGA